UGCUGGAAGAUGGCGGUUUCAGUGUUUGGAGACAAGUAUAUCAGUUGGAGUUGAGAAUUUGAAAAAAAUUAUUGUUGAUGUGCAAGCUUUUUUGAUUGCGUUAUUAAUUUAUUAUAACCGUGUCAGGAGUGUUGGAUCUUUAUAAUUUACGUGUAAAUUUUUUUAGUUCAUGUAUAUCUAAGCAAGACUACAAUGUAGAUCUUGUGCGGUCCAGCAAAGGUGUGUAGAUUGUGCAACACAAGAAAAAUUGGGAUAUAGUGCCCUACAAGCAGAGGAAAAAAUUUGGUUCUAGACACAUCCAUCCUGGCUGAGAAUACCAAUUCGUCGUCUAAGCCCCCCUCCAAAAAAGCUAAGAAAAUGGCUGGAACUGAUGAUUUAAGGAACAUGGUGAUGACAUUUAGAGUGUCAGAACUACAGAUGCUAUUAGGCUUUGCCGGUCGUAACAAGUCAGGCCGCAAGAAUGAACUGCAGACCCGAGCUCUGGAUCUGCUCCGGCUCAAGUCCGCCCCCAUACAGAUGAAGAUACGGGAAUUAUACAAGUCCAUACAGCAGGGGGUUGCACAGGGACAGCUUCAGGGGCCAGAGGGGGUACAACCUCCCAGCAACCCCCCUAAUGCCCAAGCAACAGCCGCUCUUCAUCAGCAGAUGGUUCAGAAGAACAGUAUGCUCAACUGUCCCCCCACUGCAGCACCAGCAGCCUAUCCCACCUACCAGAGCCAACAGCAAGGGAGAGGACAGAUAUAUCCUGGGUACUACCAGCCCAAGACACACACUCCACCAUUAGUGGACCCACUGGGAGCAGCUGUACGGUCCACUAUGCCCAACAACCUGCCAGUCCACCCCGAUGUCCAGCUCAAGCGACUGCCCUUCUAUGAUCUCAUGUCAGAACUGCUAAAACCCUCCACUCUAAUGCCGACUGGAACAGCUAGGAUACAGGAACAGGCGUUUGUGUUCCACUUAACGCCCCAGCAAGCCAAUGAUAUAGCCUUCCACCGAGACAUUAGUGCUGGUGCCCGCACUGACUUUAUAAUACAGGUUCAGAUGAGGUUUUGCUUGUUGGAGACAUCGUGUGAACAAGAGGAUUUCUUCCCUCCUAAUAUUACAGUCAAGGUUAAUGGAAAAGUCUGCCCGUUACCGAACCCGAUCCCGACAAAUCGGCCGGGCGUGGAAGCUAAGCGACCACCUCGACCAGUUAACAUCAGCUCCCUGUUGCGACUCAGUCCCACAGUGGCCAACCAUGUGCAAGUGUCCUGGGGUGCUGAGUACGGUCGAGGCUAUGUCAUCGCUAUCAACCUAGUCAAAAAACUGACCUCACAACAGCUGUUGCAGAGGCUCCGCACCCGGGGUGUCCGCCAUGCUGACUACACCACUGGCCUCAUCAAGGAGAAAUUGAGAGAGGACGCUGACAGUGAAAUAGCCACGACCAGUUUGAGAGUGUCACUGAUGUGUCCACUGGGCAAGCUGCGGAUGACGAUACCUUGUCGUCCAACCACCUGUACUCACCUCCAAUGCUUUGACGCUAACCUUUACCUCCAGAUGAAUGAGCGGAAACCUACUUGGACCUGUCCAGUUUGCGAUAAACCUGGCCUCUUCGACAAACUGGUCAUUGAUGGGUACUUCCAAGAAGUGUUAAGUAGCGGCAAACUUCCACCUGACGGUAACGAGAUCCAGCUCCACCAAGAUGGCACGUGGUCAAUUUCAGCCUCCAAAAAGGAUGAGAAGGCUGAUGACGCCCCAGCACCGGUUAAAAACAGAGGGGGCCCACCAGCUGUUACUGCUACAGUAGAAAUAGCAGAUGAUGAGGUUGUGCCAGUAGUGUCAGACGGAGAGGAUAAGGACAAAGAUAAGGAGAAGACGUCAGAAGCUAAAGCAGCUGCACCCAAGGAUGUUGUGGAUCUGACCUUCAGCGAUGACUCUGACGAGGAGAUGGCACCAGCCACAGCAAAGACCAAUGGUCCAGCCAAGACAGGUGAGGUAACUAGCAGUUCUGCCCCAACUCCUGCCACACCUGGCUACAUGAGCCCCAACAUCAUCACACUAGACUCCCCCUCUCCACCCUCAACUCCACCUCCCACUGCCCAGCAGCCUCCUGCCCAGAACUUUUCUUCCUCCACUAUACCGCCCUUCUUUGACUUGGACAAUGACUCACCCUCCACUGACUACCAUGCUUUUUAGGGUUGUCUUGCACAAAAUUCACAAUUACCAGUCAAAUUGUUUUUGUUCACCUUCUUUGUCUGUCAAUUAGUUGGUAAAUGUCAUCACAUGUAUGUAAAAAUGUUGUACAGUAUAAAAUGGCAGAUUUACCUGUAGCGUAAAACUGUACAUUAUGUUAAGUGACAUUAGUACGGAUAAUUUAAUUUUAGCUAGUUUUAUAUUUUUAAUUUUUAGUAAGUACUGAUAUACAAGUAAGCAAGACAAUUUCAGUUGAUUUGAAAAAUGUACUAAAAUAAAUCCCUGUUGAAGUGUAAUUUAAAUUCUUUUAAUUAAAAAUAUUCAAUAUUACGGGAGCUUUCUACAUUUUUGUGUUCUUAACUGUGGACUGUGUUAAAUGUGUUACAUCUAGAUAGAAGAAAGCCAGUUUUACUUAAAUGGUAGAUCAGUGAUUUUUAUGAAUAUAUUGUGUACAGCCUUAAUAAGAAAACAGUUUCUUCAUUUGUUUCUUUGAACAAUCAUAUGUUGAAGUAAUUAGAAUCACUACUAAGAAGAAACAUUUCAAGUUCCUUUAAGUGUAAGUGUUUCAGUGAAUAACCUCGUUUUUUUUAUUUUUGUUGGUUUUUUUGUAAUUAUAUUUUUAUCCUUUGGUGGGUCAAAUUUUUACUAAAGAACUAUAUUAAUGAGAGACUGGAAUUUUAAUUGUUAAUAUAAUAACAAUGUAUCUCUACAAUAAAGUUGUUACCAAUAUAAAGUCUAAAAUAUUAAGUCUCUCUUUAGAUUGAUGAAUUAAUUAUAUUAUUGUAUACAGCUAUGUUAUAGGUAUUAAAUACAAAAACCUUUAAUUCACAUUUAAAAUUAUCUAAUACACUAUUAUAUAAAUAAUUUAUAUUUCUGUAAAAUUUUCCGUUUUAUUUAUUUUAGAAUUUGUAUAAACCUUUCACAGUAGAUUCUUUAUUAUCCAACAUAAACUGGCCAUGGCAAGGUCUGAAGAGCAAAAAGGUCGGAUAACACGAAAAAUGGUAAAAAUUACAUUAAAAUUGUGUAAAUACAUGAACCAACCAAUCUGUGGACACGUCUGCCUGAUGCGUCCAAUUCCGGGUCUGUCGUUCCUACACACUGCCUGACCGCGGACAGGUUCCUGUAUUUAAUAUAAAAAUAAAUACAAAAUAAAAUAAAUAAUAUAUUGAGUAAAUAAACCUCCUCAUGAUGACUAAUUACUUCAGGACACUAAUUCUUUGUCAGUCAACAACAUUUAUGUGCUCAUAAUCGGUGAGUACGUGAAUAUCUGUCAUGAUAAUGUUUAUUUUAAAUUGUGUUCCACAUUGCUUCUGGUUCACAUCGUUUUGCGUAGGGUCAUUCCAUGCGAAAUCAACCAAUUCUACACUAUGAUUUGAACCUUGACCUCUCAGAUUUGUAUGAUUUUUUGUUUAUGUGUUCUACCCACAAGAAAUAGUUAAAAUCCGAAAUUUCAAAUUUUUUGGGCUUUUCGUUUUUGAGUUACAGGCAUUUAAAAAGCCAAAAAAAUACAGUUUUCAGUCAAUUUACGAUUAUUUAAAAAUGACCUAGUUUCAAAACUAUAGCACCUAGAGAGCUAAAAUUUGUAGCAUUCUCUUCCUCUUGAAAUUCCCUUCAAUUAGAUGUAUCACAUGACUAUGUUACAUACAUUUACAAGGGUCAAGGUUCAGACCAUUGGUUGAUUUGGUAUGGAAUGACCCCGUAAUUUUGAGUCAGUGUAGAUUUUACAUGCUCUCAUGACAAAAACAUGAAAACACUUCUCAAGGUGCUAAUUAGUAUAAAUGUAUCCUCCUUACACUUAAACCACUGGUAAGCCAGUGUGGUGAGUAAACACCGUACCAAAUGAUUUGGUGUCUCCAGCCAAUCAGACAAUCCACUUGUUUUUCUGUAUUUGAAAUUCAAAAUCUUGAUUUAGUUCUGUUUGAUCCACUAUAGUAUAAAAUCCAUUCCAGUUUUAAAUCAACGCUGCUAUUUUGCCAAAGAUGUAUGUUUUAACUUUUUCCAUGUGAUAUUGGAACUUGGACUUUGAGAUUUAGGAACGGAAGUAAUGUUGGUUAUUUUAUUGAUUUUCUUCUCUAAUUCCAUAUACUGUCAGCAUUUCUAUGUUAUAACACAAUACUGUGAUUUGGUGAUAUUUUACCAUGAUGGACAGAGUACAAUCCACCACUGGUACAAAUUAGUUUGUUUGAAUAAACCAUACCAAUUUAAAUGUGAUAAUAACUUUAUUUUAAAUUUAAAUUGAUAAAUGCACUCGUGGAAUGACUAGGACUAGGAAAUGCUGGAGACAUUAUGUACAGUAUUUAGUAUACUGUUCAAAAGAUCUUAACAUCGUAAGAUUUAUUAUUUAUGUAACUGUUACAUAACUUAUUUACAGUAAUUGUAAACAUUUGGAACAGUUUAGUAAUAAUCUGGUUUAAUUUGUUGAAUUAUUGUUGUUGUAAAUAGCAAAAUCAUUCAAUUAGAGAUUCCAGCAGUAUUUUUUAUUACCCAGUUAUUAAAUGAAUAAUGUGUUUUUAUUUGAUAAUGUAGACUAAGAUAUUACCAUGUCUCAAGAUUGGUUUUGUCUAGCCUUUGUCUGUACAGACAUAAGAAAUGUUUAAAGGUGUUUGAAUAUAUAAUAUUUAAAUUUUGACUGUUAGAAAAUUUGGAAAUAUUAAAUAUCCUUUAGUAGCUAAAUGAUAGAGGAGUUCUAAACAUACAUUGUAUUUGAGUAUUGAGUCACAGGCUUUCUUUUAGAAGAACAUGACAAAUAUUAAAGAAAAUGUUAUAUAUGUUUAUCUCAUAAGUGUUUGAAUACCUAUAUACCAAUGCUCUUUAUAAAUUUUCAGCAUCAAUUACAAAGGAGUUUGAAUGGUUGGUGUCAAAAGCAAAGCUCAAGUCAAAACACUAAACUGAGUUAAUCUUCUUUUUUUUCUUUUUUUUUUUUUUUGCUGAUAGAAACAUUUUGUACAGAACAUUUUGUAAUAAAGUAAAAUUCAAAGUAUA